AUGUCGACCUCUCUGGACCCUACCAUUCCGCUCCAGAAAACGGCAGAUAUCACUAAACAUUUGCGCUCCCGCGAUGUUCCCCUUGCAGCACUACUUCCCUUCGCUUCAACAAUUCUUGAUAAGACUGCCGGAAAAGAAAACGAGAAAAAUAUAUAUUUUCCGCAGAAAGAGGAUUGGCUUUUGGAAUGGCUGGUGCAAAGAUUAGGGCAAGAUGACAGUAGUGCGCCAGAAGCACGGUGUGAUCCAGAGUUCUGGAUUUUUUUGUUACGCCUUCUACCAUUGUCUUCAUCUGCCGGUGGGAUUUUAAAGAAACAUAAUAUUCUCCAACUUAUCUCAAAAGCACUUUCCGAAGCGGCUUUAUCACAGAAGAGAGACUUAACAUCCCCCACAGUUCUGGGGAGGGAUGAAGACAUUGAUAUGGAGCAUGAGGAGAUCUACAGCACACCGAAAGAAAGACUGUCCUCUGAUUCUUCCGCCAGUUCUCCAGAACAAAUUCUGUUGCUUCGGCGAACACCUUCGAGACUUCAGGGUCUUCUAGCAAGUGUCAGUGGCGUAUUGUCGUACAUUCAAGAGAAUUUAGGUGCUGGAAGAAGAGACGGAAAUAUAGUUGCGGUUUUAAGAGGAACCGCGGAAAUCGGGGCACAGAUUCUAGGAUCGUUUCUUGAGGCUUGUCACGUACUAAUCCAGGAAGGGAUAGAAAUAGAGAAUGAAUGGAUAAAUACUGUGGUGAAUGUUUGGCGGAGUUGUGUAUGGGGAAAUCCGCAAUUAAAGAAGCUUUCAAUGAUAUUCUCAACGUCCUGUCUUCUUCCCGCAACUCAUUUGUUAAUGACACCCUCUAUUCCAUCUAACCUUCGACGUAAACUAGAACAGCUAUUAGCUGAGUUUAUCUUUCCUCACGAAAUUCUUUUCCCUACAGAUUUGGGGACUACAGAGCUCUCAUCAAAAGAUCUAAAGCCUCUACUAAGGCCCCUAAAGGCUCAGAAAGACGGCCUCUCCAAUAUCUUUAGGAUUGCCAUCACCUCGCACACCAAGAGAAGGAAACCGGACUCAACGACUGUAGAAGUUAUCUUCGAAUCAAUUACAAGCGCGAUUCUUGGAAUCUUAUUUCCUAUCAAAACCAUUAAUACUAGAGAUGCAGAAAUAGUCAUGAGCCUAUUGGAAGUCCUCAUUGAGACUGGUACUAGCAUCUCCUCUAAUACGAUAGCUGAGCUUGUAGAUGGCAUAUCAAACCUUUCCCACAGCAACACAAGCUCAGCCGUUCGGUGGGAUAUUAUCGCAAUCGCCCUAAAGCUUGAUUUUGACAUAUUCCUUGGGAAGGGGAAUGAGGAGCGGGCCUUGAAGCUUUUUAGUUCACUCACAAAUAAUUUUACAGAUCAAGAGACAGUUUAUGAGGUUAUGAAGCUCUUAAUUGACGGUUUUAUCAAAGCUCGAGACCUAGGUGGUUUUGUAAAUAUUUGGAUCGCAGAAUUGCGCAAAGACGGGGCUCGAGAUGGGGUUUGGGAGAGUGAUAGAGUUGCAAAACUUUUUUCGUUGCGGAUGGAAGCUUCUCUACUACCCGGGCAGAUCGAGAAUGUCCUUAAAACCGCCAUCCAAGAAAACAGCUGGGUUGUCAUCGACGGUUUGUUAAGAGGCGUGAAGAGAGAGGACACCCAUAACAAAAUUAGACCUUUGCUAAAUAAGAUUACCGAUAAAAUUCUUGAUGGUGAGGUGGGAUGGAGAGGAUGGAGAGCUUUGGUGAGGGGACUUCAAAUCGAGAGUGGAUUGGCCGGGGGAAAGCAAGGGAAAAUCCUGAAGAGAUUGAGGAAGUACGACGAGCGUGGGACAAAUGAUGAUGCGAGAAGGGCUUUAUUUAUUGGAGAAGUUUUGAUGGAUAGCGCGGACGGUGAGGGCCAAGCUGAGGUGAUAUGCGUGUUUAUCAAAGCGAUGAAAAGCACUACGAGGAGCUGGGAUCGUUCUUUAGGAGAUAUAAAUCCGGAAAACCUUGGUGUUGCGAUUGUGUUAGGCGUCGUUGGCAGGUGGAUGACAGUUUUAGAGCGAGCUCGGUCGGAUAUCCGGACAGGGUUUGUGGACGAGUUUUUGAGUAUGGCUAUCGAAAAUGAUACCGCACAGAAGGCGAGCGAUCUCACUGGAAGAACCCUAUGGCAGAGUAUGCUAGUUAGAGGUGUUUCUUACGAGAACCCUUCGCUGAAAGACGCUAUACUUGCUGCACUCGUAACCAAACUAGAGUCCCGUUUUGAAAUCUCUCAGGAUAUGAACGUAUCGUUAGGGGAUAUAGAAAAGGGGAGAGGUGUUUCAAUGACCGAAAAAGAUGUGGAAUGUUACAUAUUCUUGAUCCAGAGCAUCUCAAAUUUUCCAUUGGAGGCUAUUAAAAGGACCGUUAGAGAGAGGAUACUGGAUGUUUUGGUAUUACUCGACUCCUCUCUUAAGAAAGAGGGAUCGUCUGUGCUCCUGAGGGAUGCAGUGAAGGGGCUAGUUGCAAGACUGUGGGCUUUGGGAAAUGCCAGCUCUUUUCUGGCAAGAGACGUGAACGGGUUUAUAGCGUGGUCUCUGGAGGAGGGUGGUCUAGGGGAGGCCGGAAGAAAGAUACUAAGAUGCAUGUUUGCGACAAAGGAUCAAGAAAGAAGUCGUCAAUUCUUAGCAAAAUUGGUGCAAUCUGCUGAAAUUGAGUUUCUCCGUAACUCUGAGAAGCCAACGAUAAGAGCGGUAAAGGCGUGCGAAAUUAUCAUCGAAGAAUUUUGGAGAGCAGGGGAGAGAAAUGAUGUUCAACAAUUGCGGGGAAAAAUUCUUGAGCAGCUACGAAAUUUCUUGGAGACUGGAGAAAUAAAUGGGCACUUGGUUGGGGCAUGGAGAAAAAUAUGGGCACUUGACCGAAGUCCAAGCGAUAAAGAAGAAGUGUUAGGAUUUGCGCAAAAUAUUAUUGAGCGUAUAAAGGGAACUCUUCCUAAAAUCUUGACAGCCUCAGAACAUUUAGGAGAGGAUGGAGUAGGAGACGCAGCCCAUAUCGUUGCAGAAGCCGUUAUGAUACUUUGCGCUUCCUCUAAUACUACAGAGGAAGUCAUAAAAACCACAGCAUUGGUGGUAGCGAUAUUAGAUUCGCCAUUCGCACGAUUCUAUAGAUCCGAGAUAAUUCUCGCCUAUAGUGAAAUGGUAUCAAUUAGCUUGGAUCCAGAGGUCUAUCUAGACUGUAUGGAGGUAGUUAUCGAAGGGUGUUUUUCGUUAGGAGAAACCACAGCGCCAGCAUAUUGGGAAAUACUAAAGGUUUUAAUCAAUGGAGCAAAGAUCCCGGAAGAGGAAGAUAAAUCGAAAAUAAUCAUUGACUGCCUUUCGAAGGUGUUUUCAAAGCUAGCACGGAACUUGCCCAAAACUAAGACUGUUACCGAAUUCUUGGCCGUGACAGAUUGCAUGGAUAUAAUUCUGCGCGAAAAGACUUGGGCAGUAAUGCAAUACAACAUCGACGAAACCCUGGCAUCUAUAGCAAUCACUUCAUCAUCGUCAGGUCCUCAAUUCACUCCCGUUAUAGUUAUUGCGGAUGAAAUUUUUCUGAGAUUGUGCAAUACCUUACGGUUGAUCUUGUCUCAGCACCGAAGAAGGGUCAGGGGCGGCCGCUAUCAUCUUGUUGUUGCUGCCCUCCAAUCUUUACUUCAUUGUAUUUUUAAACGCAAAACAGCUAGGGAGCGCAAGAAAUCCGACAAAAUACUCCACCCCCCAUGGCUUUUACCUAGUACAAUAACAUCAGAAAUGCCUAUAAUUACUGAUAGGUGUGCCGAUGGCUUCAACCGGCUGCUCGCAACCUUCUGUGAGCCAUCUGCAUACUCUGUCAGGGGUAAGACCAGAGCGGGGGUCGAUGAUAAUCUUGUUAACAGCGUUAGGGAUCGUGAGAAACGCGAGGUUGCUAGUUGCGUUGGCGGGCUACUGGGUGAGAUUCUUAAGGGUGAUUUAGCAGGAGGGCUUGAUGGCGAUAUCAAAGCUAGCAUUAAUGCUAUAUUCGAGGUUCUAGGAACUGAGGGGGUUAAGGCAUUUGCUAGAACCCUGGAUAAAGAGGGGAGAGCAAUGCUUAGGGAAUUGAGAGAUGAAUACAACAGAGUCGGAGGAGGGGCGAGUGAAAAGUUUUGA